AUGGGUACCAGAAAAGUGUGGGCUGCGUUGAAUGGAUUCGUCUGCCUGUAUAAACCUGUAGAGCUUUCAACUUCGGGGUUGAAGAAAAUUAUUGUAAAGAGGAUAUGCUCGGACGGGAACGCCCUAGUUCUACCGAAGCCACUGCCGACUAUCAAAGUGCCAUUGGUGGAACCUCAUAAGAGUGGGGCAUUAGUUGUGGUGGGCGAUCGAGAACAACAGGAUUACAUGUUACAUCCAUUAGUGUCUGGAGAAGCUUUUAGAACUGAGGAUUUGCGUAUAGAAGAACUGUCGUACAUGGAGAGUAGCAGUUCGGGGGUUUGCGUAUUCGGCAUAAACGAAGGUUGUGAGCAGAUUCCUGAAAUACUGUCAAGAUCCUUGGUGAAUGAGUAUAGACUAGAAGGGAUAUUAGGUAGAGAAACACUGAAGCAUGAAAUCAAGGGUAAGGUCACUUUGAAGGCUGCAUACGACCAUGUUACACGACAUAGAAUGAUUAAACUUCUCACAAGAGUUCAAGCUCAUUACCGCAAAAGUGCUUUCGAGUCUGCCGAAGUUGACCUACAGAGUGAGAAAGCUUUCGAGUUGGCAAGGAAAGGAAUACCCAGAGCAAAGCUACCCGGUGCCCAGCUGAUUUAUAAAAUCGACUUGGACAGCUUCGAUCCUCCUUACUUUGCCCUGAACAUUCAAGCUGUUGGUGAAACCGAUAGCUAUCUCAGAUGCUUCGUUCAUGAAAUCGGAGUCAGUUUAGGAACAACUGCAAGCUGUUUGAAACUUCAAAGAAAAUCGCUGGGACCUUUCUGGGCUGAGCAUGCUCUGCUUGAUAAGCAAAUUAGUCUACAAAAUAUAGUUCGGAACAUGUCGUUAUGCAAGAAGCUGCUCUCCCUCGAAGAAGAUAAAGACUUGCUGACUGAGACUUCUGAGACUGAAGGUGAAGUUCAGCGGGAUAUUGUGGAUUGCCUCGGGUUAUCUCAAUCUUUUGAAGAUUUUGAUGCCAUGAGGCCGGCUUGGCCAAGAAAAUACGAGUGA